GACAGCUGUAUCUUUCAAAGUAACACUCACAUCUCAUCCAGGAUUACCUUUUAAAGUGUGUUCGGGGGUCUCGUGGUCAGGAUUUAACUAGAAGAAAUUAGAUUGGUGCGCGUUGGAGAAUCCUAGGCGAGGAAUCUUGUAUAUAUAUAUUAGCAAGUUGUGAAUUCGAUUGGCAGCUAUGAUUCUAGAUCGUUUGCCAUCAUUCACUUCGUUUGGCGAUUAUAGAAUCAGAUUCGAUAUGGACUUGCAGAACAAGUUUGAUUCUAUAUUUAAAGCUAUAGAUGAGUUUUCAAAGAUCAUGAAGAAUGAGUCAACAAGUACAGUUGUGGACAUUUUUACAGUGGCUAGUGAAAUUGAAACUCUUUUUGUCACUAUGGAGAAAAACAAUCUGGUGCCAAGUUUUAGUAAAAAGUUUGAACAAUAUUGCAAAAUGAAAGGAAAGUUUCCUGACUUUGAAUUUGAGUUUCUCAGGAAUGCUUGUGACCAUGUGCUCACGAAAUAUCUAACAAGUCCUGAUCUGAGUGAAAGCGUUGUAUCAAACUCCAUAAAUCAAUAUCUCUUACACUGCAGUAGUGAUAGGCUAAGGCAACUAACAUCAAAUAUAAUUAACACUCGUCAGGCUUUUGUAGAGCUCUCUAACUUUGUUGAAAGAAAUUGUGACCCUGUUGAUGUGGAAGCUAGAAUUAUUUUCGACCACUUCUGCGUCAAUUUUAAUUCAGAUAAUCGCAAUAUGAAAAUGUUGGAGAAAAAUCUGAUCGAUUUAUUAAGUAAUAAUCCAGAAGAAGGUCUAAAUUAUAAUAUUUUAGUUCGGAUCUUGAACAUGAAUAACGAAACGGCCAUUCAGGCUUCAGCUAAGAAGUGUAUUGUUUCACUUAUCAUUUCAACACGGUUGAUAUUGAAACAAAAACAAUUCUGCAUUGCUCUGUUCGAUUUGCCUUGUGAUAAACUGUGUCUUAUUCUGAAGCAAUACCCCUCAAUUUUGGAUUCAAUUUUUGAAUCAAUUUCAAAUUCAUUGAUUCAACAUCAAUGUAGCCAUUCAGGAGAGAAUAUCCUUUGGACUUGUGAUGACGCCAAUCUUCUGUCGUAUUCAGAAAUCAUUGGCAUCUUCAGAGUAUUGAAAACAUCAAAUUCUAGGUAUGAAGAACUCAUUAGGUCGUUCAUUCAUAGUCGGAAGUCGGGUAAAACAUCAAAGCUGAUUGAAGAGAUUGAAAGUGUAAUCUUUUCAAGACGCUCAUAACAUGUCGAAAGAGAUACUUCUGUCUAAUAAAAUAAUGGACAUCAUUCUAGUGAACUGAAAUUUUGCAUUUGCUUAUUGGUUUUUACAAUGUUCUUGCUGCAUUUGUUGGUACUUAUCAUUGAACUCUGUUGAACUUCACGUUUUAGCUAUUCACUAACCUCGCAAUUGAACUGUUGUAACCAUCCAUGACUUGCCUUCAUCAUAUUAUUCAUCAAUAGACCGUAGUUAAUGACUCUGAGCUAUAUUUAGAUGUAAAAAUAUGCAUUUCACCCAGAUUUUCACUCCCAAAAAUACUUGAAAAUGUUUUUUACCGAGCCUUAUUCAUCAGUUAUAUCAGUUGUUAUCAUCAUUGUUUGAAAUUCAUUCCAAUAAUUAAUAAAAAAUUGAGUUAUUAUAUUAUAUCCUGUGCAAUAAAUGACUUCUACAAUUUUAUCAUUAUUUUGAAAUAUUCUGAUGAAUUUUUCCUUAUUUUGUAUACUUUAAUCAAGACCGCUUUACUAUUUUGACCAAUACCGGUAUAUAAAAACCUAUUUUUUCAAUUAAUAGGAAGUUUUGCUUGAAACAAUUGAUAUAAUAUUAUUACGAAAUUCUACUAUUGAGAAUUAUGAUGAAAGGAAGCAUUGUAACUCAUUCAUGCUCAAUUGGUAAUUAUCAUUGUAAUUUUUCAGCCCAGUGAUAUAUUAUGUAUUGAAUCAUAGACUAUCUCAUUCAUUUUGGAUGUGUAUUAUUGAGACUUUCUUAAAUGAAAACUGUAUUGGGCUAUCGCAUAUUUUCAAUUUAAUUUAUACAGAUAUCAAUUAUGACAUUUUCAGAUGAAAAAUGAAGUUUUUGCAAUAAAUUGAUGAAAUAGAAUCAUAGAUGCUUACGGUAAUUGUUUAAAUAUGUUGAAUCUGUACGUUUAACGUACAAGGAUAAAUUUAAUGGGACGGUUGGGUAAAAUCACACGCCUGCAACCUUUUUUAUUGUUAUUUUUAAUUAUCAUCUAACCUAUCAUUAUCAUUGUUAUCUAACCUGAUCUUUAUGGUAAAAGUAAACAAUCUUAUACUCUCAAUGUAAAUGACGAAGCAGUAAUUUAUAAGUUUCAGAUUAACAUUGAUGGCGUAUUUGCCAGCUCUCCUUCAACACUGUUGUAAAUGUCGAACUAAAAUAUUACUUAUAAGUCAAAAGUGAUUUUUUGUAUAUUAAUUGCAUGUUGAAAGUAAAAUAUCCUUUCCUGAUAUUUGCGCUACUUGGUAGGCUAUAUCAAUUAUGGCUUUGUAAAUAUUUUUAUAUUUUUCAAAUACUUUUGUUUUUUAUAACUGAAUAAAAUUUGGAAUUUGAUGAGUAAAGUAUAUAUUCUAGUU